AAAGCAGGAGGAGGAAGAAGAGCAGGAGGAGCAGGAGGAGGCCUCUUCGCUGUGGUGGUGGUGGCCACGAUGUUCAUGCUGGCGUCACUGGAAGAGGACGUCCGCUCAUUGGUCGCCGGGAGCCCGGCUCUGCGAGCACUGGCAUCCCUGCUAAUGCGCGGCGCGCUCGCGAACACGAAACGUCUCCAUUAGCGCCUCAUCAAGAACGCAUUAAUUGUUGGGGGAAAACGCGUCGCCCAUCACGGUCUUUCCUUCGUUAUCUUAUAUUUAUUAAUAUUCGCAACAUAUAUUUUCUACAACCAAAAAAAAAACCCGUUUGUUUUGUACACCUGCUCCAUCGUUCAUCGUCGUCGUCCGUCGUCACCGUUGUCAGUGCCGACACCAUCUCAUCUCAUCAUCACCACAACCACCAACACCGUAAUCAGCAUCGGCGGCGGCGGCAUCAUCGUCGCAUUCGUAGCCACGCGCUACGCUGGGUGCGCCGAGCUCUGCUCCCUCCUCCUCCUCCCUCCGCCGUUCGCGAUCGCCGGCCGUGGUGGAUUAAUCCUCGCUGCGGGUUUUUAUUUGCGGUGGAACCGAGGAGGCGCACUGCCGAGGGAGCGCACGGACGCUGGAGAGGGCGGUUGAGGAGGGACCCUAGGAGCACGCACACGAGAGAGCGAGAGAAGAGAGAGAGCGCGCCCAAGGGAGAAGGAGAGAGAGACGAGAGAGCAAGCGGGAGAGGAGAGAGAGCGAGCAAGCCACCCAACCACCACCACCACCAGCGAAGAUUCCUGCCCUGCGCAUCCCCGCACGCACCCAUGCAAGAGGCAAGCGAGUGAGCGAGGGGGCGAGCUCGGCUCACGUGGAUGUGCGCGCCCACGAGCGCCAUCGCCGUGUCCAUCACCGCCGAUUCCGCGUAGCCCCCGGGACCAGCUCAAACUGAGCUAAGAUUCAGGGUGGAGGGCACUUGGCACCUCAUCUCUCCGCUCGCCGGAAUGACCAGCCCAUUGUUGCCCAGCGGGCUGACCAACGCAGUCAUGGAGCUGGACACCAUCUCCCGGCUGGUGGAGGACGACGGCGAGAGGAAGGGCAACGAUGCUCGCGUCGCCACGGAGAUUCCUCUGCUGGACCUGGCUCCCGCGAGUCCCGGCCGCCCCCCCAGCGAGGAUGGGGAGGUGUUUGAUGACAGCCCCACGUGGCCCCGGCCCUGCUGUGGCCGACGAGGAGCCCAGCUCUGGCACAUGAUGCUCCUCAGCUACCGCCUCAACUGCUUCCUCGUGGCAGCGGUGGUUCUGGUAAUUCUGCUGCUCACCUUCGAGCUCCUGAUCGACGUUCGAAUCCUGCAGUUCAGAAAUGCCGUCGACACCGCGGCAGUGAUGCACUGGAUCAGCUUUCUCAUCCUCACCGUCUUCUUCGUGGAGAGCAUCUGCAGAAUCAUCGUCAUCGGCCUGGGGGACUACAUCGAGAACAAGUUGGAGGUGUUCGACGGAGCCGUCAUCAUCCUGUCCUUCGCCCCCAUGGUGGCCUCCACGGUGGCGAACGGUCCACACAGCCCCUGGGACGGCCUCAGCCUCAUCAUAUCGCUGCGAGUGUGGAGGUUCAAGCAGAUCAUUGACGCGUACGUGCUGCCCAUCAAGGAGGAGAACGAGCUCAUCCUGCAGCACUGCGAGCGCGUCAAGCAGCAGGCCGAAGAGGAGGUGGAGAGGCUGACGCACAUCUGCCAGGAGCAGGCGUUUGAGAUCCGGCAGCUGCGCGCACACCUGGCGCGGCAGGAGAGCCUGGCGGGCGCCGAGUCGGGGGAGGGCAAGUCGACACCCACUCACCUGGCCGACGCCGUCACCAUGGCGCCCGGCUCCGAGGCGGACGACGAGGACGAGGAUGAGGGCAUCCUCGACAUGCGGCGUCAGCGCUCGCUCCGCCGCAAAGGAGUGUCGACGGUGGACGACAUGAAUAACUACGUGAACCAGUACUACACUCACCACGACGACGGAGAAGGAGGUCACCGGGACAUCCAGCAGGGAGUGUCGGGGCCCUCGGCGGCCACCAUCGACAUCGACGUCCACCAGCCCAUGGGGCCGCGCACCACCACCUCGAGCUACGUGCAGGUGGACGUGCUGCACUACGGCUUCGACGGCCAGGACUCGGCGGCCGAGGGCGCCGACCAGGGCCAGCCGCCGGGCCACGGGCAGCAGGGCCGCUCGCAGAUGCCCAACAACAGCGGUGGCCAGGGCCAGGGCCAGUUCCAGUCGCAGUUCAUGGGCCACGUGCCGACGGAGCAGAUGGGCGGCCAGAACAUGGGCCAGCUGCCCUUCCAGAUCACCGGGCAGAUCCCCAGCCGCAUGUCGGACCCGAGCGCCGGGUCGAGGAUGGGCGACCCCAUGGUGGACAGGAUGGGCGACCGCAUGGGCGAGGACGACCCGAGCCAGAUGGCCUUCCACAUCACGGGCCAGGUGCACAACCGCAUCACGGAGCCGUACCUGAGCCAGGAUCAGACGCACGCCUCCUACCCGAUAAUGGGCCAGUUCCCCAACAGGAUUUCCGAGCAGAUGCCGGAGCAGGACGUGGGCCACGGCCUGCGGCAGGCGCCGUACCAGAUAACGGGCCAGGCCCCGAACAGGCUUUCGGAUCCACUGCUGGACCAAGACUCGAGGCAGGCUCCGGGUCAGCCCCAGUACCAGAUCAUGGGCCAGAUCCCGAACCGCAUGGGUGGCGCCGACAUUCUGGGCCAGAGCUCGUGCAGCGCUUCGCCGCCGUCCGCCCAGCACGAGAAGCUGAACGCGGGCCGGUCGGUGCCCAUCUCCACGGGCAACGGCUCGUCGGGCCCGCAGGGCGGCGGCGGCGGCAAGGAGGCCGAGGCGACGGCCGGCUCGUCGGGCACGGCCACCACGACGUACCGCGAGACCUACAAGGUGAUCUCGCUGGAGCACCGCAACCUGAUCUUCAGCUCGGAGGACACGGCAUCCGUGACGGCAGAGCCCAACCCGCACGCCCACCAGCACGCGGGCCACCAGCACGCGGGCCACCAGCACUCCGGGCACCAGCACGCGGCGUCGCAGGGGGCGUCGCGCGGCACGCCGGCGGGCGGCUCGCCGCUGCACGGGGAGCGGGCGUACCGCGGGUCGCGCGCCUCCUCCGUGUACCGCUCGGAGCGCUUCGGCGGCUCGGGCAGCGUGCUCGACUCGGCGUCGGAGAUCGGCUCGGACGCCCCGUCGGCGGCGGCGGCGCUGCUCAGCUCGGCGCUGGAGGGGAGGCCCAUCCUGGAGCAGGAGGUGUGCAUCGUGAAGAUGCGGACGUACCAGGCGCCGCUGCCGCUGCCCGGCGAGAACCCGGCCAUCAGCCUGGCCAGCCUCUACAAGGCCAUGGAGGAGAGCGGGGACUUCUCGAGCCUCAACCACUCGUAACCCCCCGCCCCGCGACCGCUGGCAGCUACGUUAAAACAAGCGCAAACGCGUGCCCCCGACGGUACGACCCGAAAAUCCGGAGCAUCAGGGAACUAUUUUUCGGCGGAGACGCGAGCUCCACGCUUUGCCGCCCCCCCCCCCCCCGCGCGCGCGUGGUUUUUGAUCGCUCGCCGCGGUGACUCGGUGGGGGGGGGGGCGAGGUGGGGGGAGGCCGGCGCCGUUGCCCCCCCUCCUCCACCACGGCGUGCGCGCCGCUACCAGCGCCACGGCACGAGCGGUGCCCUCGCGUUUCCACGGCAACCCUUGCAUUGAGUGCUCUAUUUUUGGACUCGACAGUGACACUACUCUGCACUUCUGCCUUGUUACACGAAAUGCAAGGAGAUUACUGGUGUCUCUUGAUCAAAGCGACAAUCAAGUUCCAAAAUAUUUUUUCACAACUUUUACAACUACUAAUUAAUCGCUGGUGAAGAAGCUUGACGACGCGAGGUUAGGAAGAGUUUGACGACAUUAAUGAAGCCAGCCCUACUCCAAAAGCGAUUUGAAAAUGUACCGUUGAUUUAAUUUGUUUACUUUGAAUUAGCGAAGCUGCUAAUGGGGUUAUGAGGCCAACGAGGAUUGUACGAUUCUAAAAGGUAAACGCAGCCAGCCACGUAAAUAUCCCCCCCCCCAACUCCACUCCCCCCUUCCCCCUCAUCUCAUCCCAUCCGACCCAAACCCCCGUCCCUCCCUGGAGCUGUCCACCCCUGCAGCUCGCUCCACGCCCAACAAGGGGUGGGUGUCGAACGGUCGAUAGCGAGACAUCACAAGAAGGCAGCUUCACCUGUGUAACGACAGGUUUAAUCAGACACCAGGAGCUAUCUCUCUCUCUCUCCUCUUUGGCUUUUUAAAGAGGACAUUUUGUGACCGCUUUUUACCAUGCAAUGCACACAAACGCCGGUUUAUAUCGCAAAAAGCAAGUUUCGUUUUCAAAUCUCCGAGUUUGGAGCAAGAGUUUUUUCUCACUAAUAAAAACACGGACGAGCUUUAUAUAUAUAUAUCUCAAAAAAGUCAAAUGACACACACACACACGACACACACACACACGCACGCGACUUGGCGCUGUUUCCAUGUAACAGUCGCAUGUAUACGAAAGAGCUGCAAAGCCAUUCAGGCGAGGGAUCUUGGACGUGCGGCUAUUUUGUCGGUCUCUCCGAGCCAAACUCGGUUCGCUGCCAGGACAGUGACGGGGCACACGCGCGCGUGGUCCAGGAGAAGGGGGCCCCCCCUCCGCCUCCCCACCACCCACCAACGCUCCGACACCCAACUCAUCAGCCGGUCCCACCGACCACGCGGUUGGACCGGGUGAUGGAGAGGGUUGCCGAGGGCCGGGACGGAUGGCGAGGUGGGGGCUUCAUCGCUCGACGUUGCUGCGGCACGCGAAGUAGGCAUCGGACGUGAAGCCAUUGCCAUCGUCACAAGGUUGCGUUUUUAGUCCCGCUCUCUUGCAAAAGCUCCUCCUCUGCAUCCCCCGUCUCCACCCUCGCCCCCCGUUGGAUUCCCAACAAAGUCGCGGCUGCUGAGGAAGUUCAAUUGUUGCGUCUGUAGCCACGGUGGGAUCACGUUGUGGGGGAGGGGGGCAGCAUGGCCUUGCAUUUUCGUUUCAUUUGUGUUUCUUAGCCAAACGGCCAAACUGCACCUAACAUGCGUGUCUUGCCCCCCCCCCCAACCCCCUGUGACCUCCUAACGAUGGUAUCGUUUUUUGGUUUGCCCAGGAGAGUCUCGCCGAGACUCAAGACUCGAUUUUCCAUGAGACUUGCUUUCGGAUGUUUGGCCAAUUAUUCUUUCUCUGAAUAAUUAUAUAUUUUUGGGAAGUGAGAGGGAACCGGAUUGCCCCGGAGGAAACCCACCACACGGAUGAGGGCAUGACACUCAAGCUCCACACAGAUGGGUCAGAAACCUGCUUGCUGUACUGCCUCUUAGAGGCACCACCAUUAUAGCUCUGCACACAGGUGUAUCGUGCAGUCUCCAAUUCCGUUCCGCUUUUAUAUCAAGGAUCGCGACUCAUUAGUUUGUGUCUGUUUCACCUCAUUUAUUUCCGUUGUCUCCUCUUCCCACACACGGCACGACCCCACCAGCCCCAACGCCAUCCAAAGCAGUCCUCUCCUCUUUCACCCCCCCCCCUCCCCCAACCAACAUCUUCAUCUUCUGUAAAUAUUCGUCGGUCCUUCUGUGCGGAAGAGACGGACAGCCGUGCGCGCGUGCGGGCGGGCGGGCGUGCGGGCGGGCGGAAGCAGGUGACGUAUCCCGGGUGUCACGGGACGGCGUCUCCGUCUGCCCGUCGCGGUUGUCGUCGUGAAACAGGGUUAGCCGGGACAUGUCCCCCGGCACGGUGCCGCCCGCCGCACCACCAGCUGCAUAGCAGGAGGGCGCGAUCGCAAAGGUGCAUGUGAUGAUGAUGAUGACGACGCCGAAGGGCAUGCCAUCCCAUUGAGCAGAGCCUCACCCUGGCCAUCCCCACCCACCCCGGCUGGUUUAAAAUGCUUACAUUGUCUGCGCUUUACUUUAACGAACUCUUUAAGUAACGAGUAAGAGCUUGUUUCUUUCCAAACGACGAAUCCCGUCCCCCUCCACACACAGUUGCACUUGCUUUAACUUACUUAGCUUAUAUGGAAUUUAAUUUUUUCUAAGCAUUGUACCAUUAUCGGAGUAUAAGAGUAUAAGUGUUAAACGACAGCACAGUAAAUAUACGUAAUAAAAAAAACAUUACUAUAAUUUGAAAAAAAGAUUCAAAUAUAUAUUUAAAAAAAUAAACAAAAAUAUAUUAUUAUAAUUUUUUUAUUUACGAGAUGGGUAACGUGUGACAUUCUGAAAUGGGGCCCCGGGCCCCUGGAGGGUGCACGGUGGUUUACAUUACGACUUUAACUUUUAAAACUUGCGCAAAUCGUUCGGCCCGAUUGCUCGCUCGCCCAAUUGCUCGCUCGCCCGAUCAGCUCGCUCGCUCGCCCGAUCACUCGCUCAGUUGCUCGCUUGAUCGAUCGCUCCCCCGAUUCGCUCGCUCGCCCGAUCGCGACGGUGAACGCGACGCGCCGGGCGCAAUUGGCACGGGGAGGUGAGUUGGCGUGCAACGUACGCCUGUUGGCUUUCAGACGCUCGCGUUUAAAAAAUAAAUUCACACUUAAAUGGAAGACGGCCAGAGAGAACGAUGAAAAUGACUGGAAAAGAGGAGGCGGGGGAGGGGUUGGGGGUGGGGGGGGUUGCCCUCCGGCCCGGUUCCUGUGGGAGGUCACGGUGGUCAGAAUUGUGGCCGGCACGGGAGGUGGCACAAGCGAGACAACUCCGGCUGCCGCAGACGAACACGUUUUAUCGGACGUUUCAAGCCAACACUAUCGUUCUUUUUAGUUUGUUUCUAAAGCACUAACUCUUACACUCUCAUGUACAGUAUUUUGAAUUAGAGAAGACAUUAUUAUACCCUGAUCACGAGCAAGACAUUGUAUAAAUUUUGUGCACCUAAAAUUAAGCCAUCUCCCUCCUAUGCGUUUGACAUUGUACCAAGGUAUUAUGGCAUAUGUUAACAUUUGUGUAUGACAUUAAAAGUAGGUGUAUCCAAUUUUUAGGUAUGUUGUCUUUAGCAUUUAGACAUGUCUCUUAAACUGAACGAUAUUUUCUGAAUAAUUUAUUUGAUGUACCAUGAAGGAAUGAAAGUAUUUAAAAAAAAUAAAAAUUAUAAAAAACCAAAAAACUACAAAAAACGAACUAAAGGAAAAAAAAGAGAUAAAGUUACCAUAUAGUUUCCUACUAUACAUUCCUUACACUAUUGUAUUAUUUAUAUAAAAAAAUUAAUAAAUCAUUAUUAUACAAUAGGUUACAGUUGUGCCAAAAACAUUUCUGCACAUCACCCCAUAUGCCAAUAUUUUCAAGCUCUUGUGUGAACCAUGCAUGAGUCAUCUUGUUAAACCACCUUUUCUAAAUAAAUCGGUUCAGAAAAAGGCCUCUUGCAUACUCGCACAAACGUGUCUUUAUGUUUAAAUCAUUGCUCUCGCCAGCCUCGCGAUGCAGACUGCAUACACCAUGAGUCCCCCAUCCACGUCUUGGUGAAAAUGAUAAUUUUUCCUCAUCCUGAUGCCUCCCUCCAUCGUCACCGGCGACGAGGGCUUAUUGUCCAUUUCGUCGAUCUGGCCCCUUGUACGUUAACAAGAUCGUGACACUUGUAAUAAUCUGGACUCAAAUUAAUCACGUCCAUUUCGCCUAGAUGACGAUAUUAGUUGUGUUUAAAGUAACAUAAAAAAAAUCGUAACGGGUGGAGCUACCGUGACAGGGCUACAGUCUCCCACGCAUCUUCAUUGGAAUUAAGGACAAGCCAGAAUCAGAUUCUUGAUUUAGACUGGAGGAAUCCGAUAAGCUACGAAGCUUUUUCACAGAAGCCACAGGGAGUGUGCGAUUGUGGUCAUGCAACCUAAACUGUGGUCCCCACAGUAAACCACUAGUCUGUGCUCCUUCAGCGGAGGAACAGGAAAACGACAAAAUAUCUUCUGAAGCCCCCUCGUCUAGCAGACAUCGACAUCUAGCUCAUGCACAAGAAUAUGACUCAAUUAUUUUUUAUAUCCCAGUACACAUGCAACAUUGGGUCAAUGUUGUUGGCAUGUGCUUGGAGUAGCUGGACGACGAAUGUUCCAGCAAUGUUCUAUCUUUACAGGGGAUAGCAUCGUUAUAUAUAUUCAGUGCAUUUUUUUCCCGUGCGAAUUGUAAUCAAGUGCAAGACUGUUGGAACCACGUCAAGGUUGGGUUGAUGCCAUCGGUGGGGAACCUUUUUCUUACCGAGGGCCGAAUAGGACUUAAAAAAAAACUUUUGCUUGCGAACCAAACCUUGCCACACUCAUUUCCUUCAUUUUCCUGCACCUCCGAUUAGCACAGUUGGGUACGUACGGUGCAAAAGAAGUUCAACAUACAGUAUAUGCACUUGUCACCGUGCGAUGACGAGAACACAAGGGAGAGCAUUUGUGUAUAAAAUAUAUAAUACACUUUAACACAAAUAAUUAUUCUGAAUAAACAAAAAUGUAAAGGGACAAUAAAAAAAUGAAAAGUACAAAACGUGUUCCGAGUUUUUAAAUUUGCUAAUAUAAAUAAAUUAUCACAUUCUAUUAAAGUAGAUGGUGAAAAUGCAGUGAAAUUUGGCAACUGUCAAAAAUUCUCGAUCUGAAGCUUUCGUGACUGCAAGGAUUCAUACUCUUGGGUUUUUUGUCAAAAAUUCACCAAAAAGAACAAACCAAUUACCUGCGUCUCGACAAAUAAUGAUUCACUGUUUACUUUUCAUACUACUUAGCAAUGUAUUAGACAUUUAUUAACUUCAAUAUUUCCUGAAUUAAUUCCAAUCAAGCAUUUAACAAUCUGGCAAUUCGGCACCUGGCCUGCAAACGGGCAUUCGUCUGGCAGUAGGGGGUGAUGAUUGCUAUGCAUAAUCCCAAUUGAGUAAUUUGCGGUGCAAUUUUACGCAUUUUCCAAAUCUGGAUGAUGGAAAGUUUCGUAUCGACUAUCAAUUCAUCUCGAAACCUGGGCUAUUGUGAAAUACCGCUCGUGCAUCUUGCAACCAAUCUUACUCGCCCGCUACCGCGCUGUCAAGAGAGCCGUUUUAAAAAGUUCCGGAAAAAAAUAAUUUACAUAAUUGGUCCUUGGGCGACGGGACGUCGACCAAGCGAGUGAGCGUAUGGCUUGCGUCGUGUAAAUUUACUUAAACAAAUGUAAUUGAUAUGCUGCACGUGCUUGUGUGUGUAUAUAUAUGCAGUAUUAUGCAUUUGCAUUUCAAAGAGAAGACAUACUACUUGUUUGAAAGAGCCCUCCUCAGCCCAGGCUUCCCAUCCUGCACCACAAGGCUGAAAGAGAAUGGCUGCCAAGUCUGUUUAUUUGCUGUUCAAAGCUGCACCUCUGCUUUCUGUCAACAAAGGAACGAGGCCUCCAUUGGGAACUGAAUUCAAGCCAAGUGCUGUUAUUAUUUAAUGGGUGUCCUUCAAACAUCUACUCCAGGGUGGUGGAAAUAAGACCGGACACCAUGGCCUUUGGUGCAAAGUACAUAAUAUAUAGUGCUUAGACCCAGUAAAACUACUCCCCCCGCCCCCCCCCCCCGAGAAGUUUAAGUGAGUAAAUUAUACAAAUCACACGUUUCAAUGAAUGUGAACA